CGUCGAGGUGACUACGUUUGACUCGCUGAACGCUCCGCCCGAGUGUAGAGGACUGACAGAAAGUCCCAAAGUUCAACAAAAACAAGAGGAAAAUCCACUUAGAUCUCACGGGCGCCUCUGAAGCCAUGGACGUCAGCGCCGAGGCGAAGCGGAUCAUGGUGCAGGCUCUGAGUAAGAUGUACAGCUCCCGGUCGCAGCGCGGCGGACUUCGCCUUCACCGGAGCCUCCUGCUGACUCUAGUGAUGAAGUCAGCCAGGGACAUUUACCACACGGCUCGAGCGACCAGCGAGAGCCAAGACAGCCAGGAGGAGAAACCUGCUGCCUCUGAUUCCCCCUCGGACCCGCCGCGGGGGCAGGAGGAGUCGAUGGACACUUCGAGCCCGGAGGUUCCCGAGGUGCCUCCAAAGUCCACAACAAGCGCCACUGAGCCAACGCACGCCGAGGUGGACCAGGAGAACCGCAGCCCGGUCAGAGUUGACCGCCACUCCAGAAAACGGAGAGGGAAGACGGCCACGGUACCAGACUUCCUGCCCUGCAAAAGAGCCAAAAUGGACUCGGGGGAGGUCCUGAGGAUCCUUCAGGACGCCACACUGAGAAGUAACUCUGGACAGUGUGCCAGAGAGACGGACACUCUGCCAGGCGCACACAUGCUGAGGACUGUAGCUACAUGCUGAGCUCAGGGGGGGGAAGCUUUGUGCUGGACAUUUCAGUGUACUUUUAAAGCCCGAGCCUCAGGGGAAACGAGCUGACCACACUUUGGUAUAGCUUUGGCUGAAAUCCCGGUUUUGGGCGCCUCUGGGCCAGAAAGUUGUGAAACGGUGUCACGGCUGACUCACAGAGGAGCAGCAGGGCUGUUUUGGAAACUCCAGCUAAACCGCUCAGGACGUGGCCUGGUGACGGAGACAUGACUAAGGCUGCCGGAGCCCGAGCGCGCGGUGGGUGGGUGCGCCCCAAACCACCAGAUUAGAUGCCUUUCCUGUCUGUCAGCGUAUCUGGGAAAUACGUCAUGGACGUUUUGUGUAGAUCACACAGGGUGUGUUUGGCACUCAUUAACACCCCUCCCGUCCGGUCUCAUCCAGUCCUGGCGAGCAGUGACUUAGAAUAAGGAGGAAUGAAGGAAAUGUGUAAAGCUGGGCCAGUUAACCUAGCAGGGCUACAUAAAGCUGUAUUUAUUUUUUGUCUGUGUUUUUGUGUGAACCUACGGAGCCCCUAAGGUGACAUGGUGAUUAUUAGGCCUCGGUUUACUAUACUGAGGCCACAAAUUACUGCAUUAAGGUCAGGAGUCAUGAGACACUUGAGAAGCUCGUGGUCUCAACAUUAAUUUGUGGCCAUGCCUUAUUAAAAAAUCACAAUGUCACCUUUAGGGGCUCCUCGUUUUGACAGUUAAUGAAAUGAAUAAGCUGCUAAAGGUCAUUCCAGAUGUCAACUACCUCACUUUUUUGUACAAUAAAUAUUUGUAUAAAACCUAA